AGAGCGUUUAGAAGAAAUACAGAAGCGGGUAGGCAGGACACACCACUCCACAGCCUGCAGGGGAGCAGGUCCCGCCGGGGCCGCGCUCCCCGCAGGCCGCGCCGGGGCUGCCGUCACCCCGCCGGGCUCCUCCUCCCCCGUCGCGGCCCGGGCUCCUCCCUCGCCGCGGCUGCGCGCCGGGAGCGGUGCGGGGCCGAGGGGCCGAGCGGGGUCGAUGCUGCGCGGGGCCGCGCUGCUCCCCCGCGCCCUGGGCGGCGGCGGCUGCUGCUGCUGCGCGGCCCGCGGCUGGGCGGGUGGCGGCUCCCGCCCGCGGGCCGCGCCUGGGCUGCCGCCGGGCCGCGCCUGGGACCGGCCCGCGGCAGUGGCGGCGGUGCCGCCGGGCGCCCGCGGGCUGCGCUGGGCCGGGAAAUUUUAUCAACAUGCCCCCACUGAGACCUCCCAAGCCACCCUAGCCAGCGUGUCUCCUGUUUUUGCCGUGAUGAAGUUUGACAAAGAGGGAAAUACUACCUAUUUUGAAAAGAAGAAAACAGAAUUGUACCAGGAGCUGGGUCUUCAAGCUCGAGAUCUAAGAUUUCAACAUGUGAUGAGCAUUGCAACCAGGAACAACAGGAUCAUCAUGAGAAUGGAGUUCUUGAAGGCUGUCAUAACACCAGAGUUUCUUCUGAUACUAGAUUAUCGUAAUUUAAGUCUGGAACACUGGCUCCUCAAUGAACUAGCAUCUCAGCUGGCUGGGGAAGGUCAACUAGUCACGUAUUCCCUGCCCUUUGAAUUCCGAGCCAUAGAAGCAAUUCUGCAGUACUGGAUCAGCAAACUGCAGGGAAGACUUAACACUUUGCAGCCUCAGAUCCUUGAGACGCUGGAAGCCCUAGUGGAUCCCAAGCUUUUAUCCGUGGAUAGGAGUAAACUACACAUUCUUCUGCAAAAUGGCAAGAGCUUGUCAGAACUGGAAACAGAUGUUAAAGUUUUCAAAGAAACAAUUCUGGAGAUCUUAGAUGAAGAAGAAGUAAUAGAAGAACUUUGUCUGUCUAAAUGGACUGAUCCACAAGUAUUUGAGGAGAGUACAUCUGGGAUUGACCAUGCAGAGGAAAUGGAGCUGCUGUUGGAGAAUUAUUACAGACAAGCAGAAGAUCUUUUAAAUGAAGCUCGUGAACUCAGAGUACUGAUUGACGACUCAGAAAGCAUCAUCUUUAUCAACCUGGACAGCCACCGUAAUGUGAUGAUGAGGCUGAACUUGCAGCUGACCAUGGGGACUUUCUCUGUCUCUCUCUUUGGACUCAUAGGAGUUGCAUUUGGUAUGAACUUGGAGUCAUCCCUUGAAGAGGACCCCAGGAUAUUUUGGUUGGUGACAGGGAUUAUGUUUCUGGGAAGUGGUCUGAUCUGGCGGCGCUUACUUUCCUUCCUUGGGCGGCACCUGGAUCCUCCGCUACCUCCUCAGGUUCCUGCAGCUUUGAAAAAAUCCCAACCAGCAGCUGGAAGAGUGGACAUGAAGACCAGUCUUAAAGGAGAAACAUUUGGGCUGAGCAGAAGCACAUUAACAAACCAGUAGGAACUGCAGGAAUGAAGAGACUUUUGUUGUUCCAGGGUGGACUUUGGACUCUUUCCUUGUAUUUGUUCUUCCUUACUGAAAACUGCAAGAAUUUCUAAACUUGCUAAUUUAAUAUAUAUUUUGUGCCAAAAACUUACAAUGAAAUUUUUAAUGCUCACGCACAUAAGGAGAGAAACACGAGGGCAAAUAGCAAAAUGCUUUCUAUAGUAGUUUCACCUCCACCCCAUGUAUGUGCCUUCAGUUUUCUGUAUCACAUACAUGUACUUACUUUUUGGGCAUUCUCAUUUGUAGUGUUUCUGUCAAAUGCUGCUUUGCUUAAUGGCUCUUCUUACAGAGAACAGAAUUUUUGGCUUAAAGAAGGAAGUAGUCAGGACUGAUAAAUAAUUCUGGUUCUGAACUGCAGAUUUAGGAAUCCGACUUCAAAGAAAAACCCAUCCUAAGAGUGACUUCUUGAAUGGAUUUUUAAGGCCAUAUUUAAUUGCAGAAAACAGGUUUUCCAAAGCAAAAAGCAUACCUGCAUCUCUUGUGAAGCAUGACUUCUAGAUUGGCAGCAGUGAGAAAAAAGGAGCAAUAAAAGGCUUUGAAAUGUAGCUGCUAAUCUUGUAUAUCCCUUAACAAUUAAUUUAGGCUCCAAACAGCAGUUCUAGGCACAGGGCAAGCGGGCCUAUGGAUAAUGCCCACUUGACUUUUCCAUCUGACACUGUUUCAAACACAUUGAUACAGCUGCAGUUUAACACAGUCCUUGUGUUGCCAUAAUUCAAAUUCUGGUAAAAAUCAUCAGACAGGUUGUUGGUUUUUCUUAAGGUGGGCUGUGCUUUCUCUCUUUCCUCCAAGACAAAGCAUGGACUAGUCUGCACCACAGUAAGUAGCCAGGUUAAAGGUGUGGAGGCCUGAUGUCCUGUGAUAGGCUGAAGGAAGGAGUAAAAGCCUUAUGGCAACUAUUUCUGUUUGUUCUUAGGACUUCUCUUUAAGGAUGUAGUUAUCCACUGGUUUCUCUCAGGUUGUAGAGGGAGCAUGAAAUAUGUCUAAAUCACGUCACACUCUGUCCAUUUCUUCUUUGGGAUUUUUUAAUCUAUCUGUAACACGGUAAGCAGCUCCUUAGGUGCUACCAUGUAAAUCAUUGUACUGGCAGGGUUGAAAAGACAGUAGCUGUAGCUGUGAACAUUCUUCUCAGGACUAAUGAGUAAAAGAUGGAAAUAAAAAGGUUCAUAAUUUAAAGUUGUCCAGGCCUGUGAUUCUGGUUUGGCUCAAGUCAGUUGUAUGUGGUUACUUUUCAACAGUUCUUCUGUACGUGACUUUUAAGUACAGAUCCUAAUGGCAUGGGAAGGUGAGAAGGAUAAUGGGGCUUGUAAUGCUUCUGAGUUUUUUAGCUGAUUUUUUUGCAGCCUUUAAGCUUAGCAGGUAAAGUAGUAAAAAAUCACUCAACUGAGCAGUCAAAUUGCAAAAAACAAUUACAUACCUUGGCUGAUAAACCCCAGGAAUCUCAGUGUGUAAAGGGAGAUAGAUACUGAUAUUUUCAAAUGAGCUGUAGUUUCUUUAGGCCAGAACUGAUAUUGGUGCAGCUGUUAGGGAAGCUUUCUCAUGAGCUUUUUUGCAGGGAGGCUUCUGUGAACUGCUUUUGACUCUUUACUUGUACGUAACUGACUCAAAUAACACAAUAAAAACAUAGAGCGAAAGACA